UGCAGGAGCUGCGUGCUGCUAUUUGUGCCAGACUGCAACCCACCACCAAGCAGCAGCAGCAGCAGCAGCAGCAGCAGCAGCAGCAGCAGCUUAUCGGAUCAAACCAUUCCAGCUCUCUAGGUUCGAACAGUCGUUUGCAUCGCACAAAAAGGCUCCGGUUGUAAGAUAGGUGCGCUCACUUUGCUCUAACGCCGAUUUAAGAUUUGGGACGCUGCCGCCGAGAGGCUACGGCAAGAUGCGCGCCCAAGCUGCGCCGGUACCCCGGUGGUGAAAGCGGCAACAUCAGCCGCCGCCUGCAAUGGCGCUGUAGCCGCUCCAGUCCAGUGUGCAUCCUCGCACACGGCUCCGCGGUGGCCAUUCCGUACCGGGACUCUUCCAACAAGCGCUUGGAUCGAAAACGCGCCUUUCGAAAGGUUUCUGCAGGGAGAGCGCCAGUGUUUUGCUUUAGCUUCCACCGAGCGUGGGUUUCACUUCUUGUGCAUCAUCAAAACGGAACCGAAGCCACGAAUGUGUGAGCAGGCCCGAAAGGAUUCUAAAACGGUAUCGAUUGGAGAGGAUUUGGCAGCCCUGCAAUAGGUCAAACCGAAUGCUCAGUUCUAAUGAGGCCACGGCGAUGCUGACGCCAGCGCUCAAUCCGAAGACGACAUAAUGCUGAAGACGGAGGCCACGGGGGAGAGGACCAGCCUCCGGAGUGCCUCCCCGCACCGCAAUGCCUACAGGGCUGAGUUUCAGGCCCUCAAGAAGGCCUUUGACCAGCCUCAAAUAGAUGGAAACUCCAAAGCCAAGGACCUCGAACGGGGGAAACAACCGAGGGGUCGUCAGUAUGGCACACACGUCAGCCGCAUUAAAGACAUGUUCAUGCAGAUGGGCUCAGAAAGUGCGUCUGUCAAGUCGAGGGGUCAAGAUGACGCCUCGCCCCAAAAGCUGGUCAAGCCAACCAAUUUCAUCAACAAGGCCGAUGGACUGGUGAUAAAACUCCAGCAUUCCUCGUCGGCUGAAAGGGUAGGCGGCGCGGGAGCAAAAUUCUCGGAAACCAGGAAGUUAUUUGAACAGCAUUCACGUGACCAGUCCCAAUCGCCCGUCUACCCCUACGGCCGCGAUAAAAGGGGUUCCCACGAGCACCUGGACGACUGGCGGGGCGCCAAGUCCAACAGAGGCAGUACCGACUCGUUGGACUCGCUGUGCUCCAGAACGGAGGCGUCGUCGCCGACCGUUAGCCAACUGAGUGCCGUUUUUGAAAACGCCGAGCAACACAACCAGGGUACGCCGUUCAGGGGAGUCAGCAGACGGGCCUUGUACUCACCGGAUGGAUUCCACCGCGAUGUUAGUGAGGACGACCCGCGACAAUCUCCAGUGCGUGGAACUUACCGCGGCAGGAUAGGCGGGAAGUUCCCUUCGUCUUUGUCCGCCGAUGACCUUCUGAGUCCGAGUCACGGCGGGGCCGAGACUGCGGAGCGCAAGCUAAUCCUACGAGACAAGGAAGCCCGAGAUAAAGCAGAUAAGAGGCAAUUAUCCAACGCCACUACAAAUGGAAGUCAGGUCAAUGGUUCCUGUGAUGAGGACGAGAACCAGCCAGCGACGAGACAAUAUAUCGAGAAUAACGAUGGGUCAACAACGACAAAUGAUGCCAUUAGCCCAAAAACUUUUGAGGAUGCGACUGCCGAGCCGCCGACCGCACAAACUCCUCCGUCCGGAGAAAGCCGAGAAGAUCCGACCAGAGAAGACACGUCUCCAGACUCUCCCAAAGACCAGGUGGACGAUCCUGAAGAGGAAUACACCGGGAAUGAGCGGGUGAUUUUUAACGCCGAUGGGGAUGCGUGUUACCAAGGUUGGGGGGAAAGUUGCACUGACCCCGAGGAUGAGCUGUAUGGAGACGACGAAGAUAUCGUCUACGACCCCGGCUCUGAUAUGACUGAGAUUCCUGGUCUGCCGGAGGAGAACAAAGAGGACAUCCCCGCAACAAGGAAGAUUCGCUUUAGCACUGCUCCUAUAACGGUAUUCAACACUUACUCCAACGAGGACUACGACCGCCGCAACGAGGAAGUGGAUCCCGUGGCCUCGUCCGCAGAGUACGAGCUGGAGAAGCGGGUCGAGAAGCUCGAACUUUUCCCCGUGGAGCUGGAGAAAGAUGACGACGGCUUGGGGAUCAGCAUCAUCGGGAUGGGUGUUGGCGCCGAUGCAGGCCUGGAGAAACUGGGCAUCUUCGUGAAGACCGUCAUCGAAGGUGGAGCUGCCGAAAGAGACAGCAGGAUCAAGGUGAACGACCAGAUUGUGGAGGUGGAUGGGACCAGCCUGGUGGGUGUCACACAGAGUUUUGCGGCCUCCGUCCUCAGGAACACAUCGGGAGUUGUACGGUUUGUCAUUGGCCGAGAGCAACCGGGCCAGCAGAGCGAGGUGGCCACGCUCAUCCAGCAGACCCUGGAGCAGGAGAAGAGACAGCGAGAGCUCCUGGAGCAGCAGUACGCCCAGUAUGACGCCGAUGAUGAUGAGCAGACCGGCGAGUACGCCACAGACGACGAGGAGGCGUCGCCUGCCGCGGCAAGCGAGGGGAAGAACAUCGAAGUGUUCGACCUGCCCGAGAACGAUGACGUCUUGUCGCCCUCGGAUUUGGAUGCCACUAAACUGUUCCAGAAGUUCAGAGAGCUCCAGAUCAAACACACGGUGACCGAGGCCGAGAUCCAGAAGCUUAAAAACAAGUUGGCCUCCGUGGAGAGGGAGAAGCAGCGGUGGGAGAAGGAAAAGAGCCAGCUGAAGGCCAGCAUCGAGGAGAACAAGGAAAGGAUGCUGAAGCUGGAGAGCUACUGGAUCGAGGCGCAGACGCUGUGCCACACGGUCAACGAACACCUCAAAGAGGCCCAGGCGCAGUAUCAGACUUUGGAGAAGAAAUACAACAAAGCCAAGAAACUCAUCAAAGACUUCCAGCAAAAGGAGGUGGAGUUCAUCCAGAAGGAGGAUGCUGAAAGGCGACGACUGGAGGAGGCUGAAAAAGCUCACCUGGCGGAGAUCCAGGGACUGCAAGUCAGGAUUGCAACACUAGAGUCGGAACUGCUGCAGUUGAUGAAGCAGAACAACAUUCAGGUCAACAACAACAACAGCAACAGUGCGGAGAGUCUGCAUGCUCUGCCGCACAGCCCCACCGGAGCUGCGGCACAAGGUAGAGAACUGAGGAAGGACUCACCCAACAAAGCGAAAGGCUCCAGAGCAGACAGCAUCAGCUCUACAGAGGGAGAGGUCUCGGAGGGGCGCAGCAGUCCAGGACAUAGUCGCUCCGGCUCCAUUCGUAGCGUGGCGUCUUAUGAUCUGGUUACCAAGGGUCCAGCCAGUGCAGAGGGAUCCCCCAGACGAAUAAACGAAGGUUCUCUUGCAACAUUGAGCCCCUCUCGACAAGUGGAGGAACAGAGACGAGACCCAGAGUCUGGUUGCGCGGAGAAAUUGGUAGAGGACAGCCCUCGGAAAGUCAAGCCAAAAUUUUACGAGGGACCCGCUUUGAGUGAGGACCUGAGUGCCAGCAGCAGCAGCUCCGUGGAGAUCAGCGGACUGGCCGGCAAAGCCAAAACAUCAGGACACGCCGAUAACUUAGCGCUUUCGUCUGAUGAGAGUCUGGAUAUGGUAGAUGAUGAGAUCUUAGAAGAAGGGUGGAGUAAGAAGCAGCAUCAGUGGCAGAAUCGCGGCGUGGCAGAAUGGAGCUCUCAGCAAGUGGUCGGCUGGCUUAUGGCCCUCAGUUUAGACCAACAUAUUCCAGAAUUCACUGCCAAAAACAUAAACGGAGAAAAACUGCUGCAACUGGAUAGCGCCGAGCUCAAGUCCCUUGGAGUAACUUCUUCCCAAGAUCGAUCCUUGAUCAAGAAAAAGGUUAAAGACCUAAAGGUUCUGAUGGAGAAGGCCAGGAGGAACCAUGAAAAAGUGGAGAAACAGCGCGAGAAGCUCAGAAAGAGAGAGAUGGAGCAACAGCAGAAAGAAGUGUGAUAACGUGUGGCCCAAGUGACCUGAUCCCGUGUGACCCUUUGAAUUUUGGGUUCCCGCAAAGACGAAUUGCAAAGGCUCUAAGAUUGAACCUUGCAGGAUGCCAUUCGUACAGGGUGUGGUUUGAGCACCAAGCCUACCGUUUUGGGGAAGGUUUUCCAUCACCAAGCAAGUUAAACCAAAACAAACAGUCAGGUUACAGGAUUCUGCCCUUUCAUUUUGCAUCGAUCCUGUGUCGUUAGGCAUUUCAGAAAUUGUUUUCUAUUUAUUUUUGAUGUUUGUUGCUGUAAAUUGGGUUUAUUUAUUCAUCUCCAGGGUAAAUCUGUGACAUAGUCAAUGCAUAUUUAUCCUACAUCCCCUCCAGAGCUAACUGCUACCCCUUUUUCGGUACGGAAACAUGUUUUCAGCAUUUAUUCAAUUGCUAUCCAGCCUAAGAGCUGUGUACUAGUUUGCUCUUUAUCCUCACUCGUAAGACAAUUCAGCACAUUAGUAGAAAUGCGUAAUGCGCUCUAGUACAGUGACUUUUGUCUCACUAGUAUUUUUCCAGUACUAGUGUCACUUUUGGCUUACUAGUAGCUUGCAAAUGAACCUAAGCAUUACCUUAAGGUCCACUUACUAGUGUGCUUUUUGCCCUCACUGGUAAGAAUUCAGUGCACUUGUAGACUAUGAGAGCACAGGACAAAGACAAGUUCUUUGCACUACAAGUGCCACCAUUAUUAUGCAAUUAAACCUUACUAACAAACUACAUUGCUGUACUUGUAACUAAUACUAGUAGGCAUGCGUCACACUAUUAGCCGCCUAAAUGGUCAAACUGCAGCAUCUAUUCACUGUCCAUCCCCAAAUUAAGGUUCCUGUAUGAGUUUGCUCUAUUUCCUUUUUUCUAGUACAAUUACAUUGUCACUAGUGAGGCAAUACUGUGCAUGAGGAGACAUCUGAGCAUCACAAGUAUUAAUAGCAAGGCACUGGAUGUUAAUUAGUCGAAUGUUAUAAUACCACUAGUAAUACUAGUGGCGCACAGUUGUCAACUAGGGCACAAAUUUGCCUCACUACGAAUAUACAAUUUUCCUACUAG